GAGCGGACUUCCUGGUCGACGGACACCCCGAGUGAGCGGCAGCGGCGGCAGCGGACCCCGGAGCCAUGGGGCGCACGCGCGACGCCAUCCUGGAGGCGCUGGAAAACCUGACUGCCGACGAGCUCAAAAAGUUCAAGCUGAAGCUGCUUUCAGUGCCGCUGCGCGACGGCUACGGGCGCAUCCCACGGGGAACGCUGCUGCCCAUGGAUGCCAUGGACCUCACUGACAAGCUCGUCAGCUUCUAUCUGGAGGCGUACGGCGCCGAGCUCACGGCGUCCGUGCUGCGCGACAUAGGCAUGCAGGAGACGGCGGAGCAGCUGCAGAGUACGUGCAAAGAUCCUGGAGCCAGGCCAGCCCUGAUGAAGGCCCCUCCCCAGAUGGCAGCCAAGCCAGCACCGCACUUUAUGGAUCAGCACCGGGCAGCCCUCAUCACACGGGUAACAGACGUGGAUGGGGUACUAGAUGCCCUGUAUGGGAGUGUCCUGACAGAGGAACAGUACCAGGCAGUGCGGGCGGAGACCACCAAUCCAAGGAAGAUGAGGAAGCUCUUCAGCUUUGUUCCAGCCUGGAACCUGACCUGCAAGGAUCUGUUCCUUCAGGCCCUGAAGGAAACCCAGCCCUUCCUGGUGGCCGACCUGGAGCAGAGCUGAGGCAAUUUCCCCAGCAGCAGCCCCACACAUAACCGCUGGCAGUUCCAGCCAACUCAUCCUGAUUCUGAUGUUUAUACACAAUAUAUGUGAAAAAACAGCUUGUACUUGUGUGUGUGUUCUCUA